UCUGGUCAUCUCCCGUACUGUGUCCGCAGUCUCUGGUCAUCCCCCGCACUAGGUCCGAAGUCUCUGGUCAUCCCCCGCACUAGGUCCGCAGUCUCUGGUCAUCUCCCGUAUAUGUCCGCAGUCUCGGGUCAUCUUCUGUACUAUAUCCGCAGUCUCUGGUCAUCUCCUGUACUGUGUCCGCAGUCUCUGGUCAGCUCCCGUAGUAUGUCCGCAGUCUCCGGUCAGCUCCCGUAGUAUGUCCGCAGUCUCCGGUCAGCUCCCGUAGUAUGUCCGCAGUCUCGGGUCAUCUUCUGUACUAUAUCCGCAGU